AUGACCCCUCUUCCAUCUGUCUGGGUCUACCGCUCAUUAACAGAGGAAUUCGAUUUACUGGUCAUUCCAUGCCUCGUGGCUAUUAUUGAGGAGGCUAUCCCGCACGGGAUGAUAGCUCUUCUGUAUCUCCUCCAUUCGGUUCCUGCACUGCCAUCUUCCAAUACAAUCAAUCAUCGACAGGAAGAUGACUAUACUUUACCCCUUGCAAGAGAGCAACGUCUAGCCAGCAUCCUAGCCUUCCUCGCGAAUACCAGGGUCGACACAAACCAUAUACCAGCGCUUUGCCUCAAGGAGAAUUCACAAUCCAUAGAUGUCUUAGUGGCUGUCAACAAAACCACUUGGGAAGACGGCCGUUCGAACUUGUUGGAGCUACAACGCCAUUUUGAACAGCUGUUUGCGAUUCUAUCAGCAGUUUCGGCCGAAAGUCUGAGAUCCCACGGCCACGAGGAUCGCAUCUUCGACGCAAUCAUUGACAUGUGCUCGGCUCGCAUCCUUUGUCGGUUGAGAUUUACGGCUAAAGGCACACAACCACUCAAACAGUCACUCAAGCUGAUCUGCGAAGAGGCCAUUCGCGGAAUCCAGAAGCUUACUAUCACUCAGCUCGGCGGGCACCGUGAUGUUUGUGAAGGCUUCGUGACGAGAAGCAAGGAGGUUGUUAAAUUAGCUGACCAGUGGUUGAGACAUCAGACCAACUCGCAGUUGAAACAACUGAUAGAUGGUGUUUAUCGUUUGAACGAGAUGGGAAACCUUCAGCCGCUGCUUGACCUCGUGCCGAACCGCUUCAUGUGCCCGAGUUCACGGCAAAGUCUAGUCAACAUAGUGAGCAAGGUAUCACGCUACCGCGAGGCUGCUCGCUAUCUAUAUCGGACAGCCAAAAAGUACAAGCCCGUCCAAAGCAUGAGAAUCAUACCUGUCAACUUGGCACAAGACGCGUUCAAGAGAACCACCUAUGGCACUGCUAAGAAUCCCAGUCCUUGUCUCAACACCACGAUCAAAAGAAUCACAGGAGAUGGCCGAAAGCCAGAGUUGAAACAUCUGUGCCAUUUGUUGAACAUUACAGACCAACAACUAAACGAGCAAUUUGCAAACCAAGCGCGAAAGACGUUGAAAGAGGCCAAGAUCCACGCCGAAGUACAACUGAUAUACUAUUGUGAUGCAAACACUUCCCUCCGUCCACCACGCGUCAUAUGCUCGAGCAAGGACGCAUGCUUCUUAUGCAAUGUGUUCAUCUCAACCCACGGCAACAUGUACACGCCCCGACAACACGGGCGGCUCUAUCCCGGGUGGCGACUACCAAACUCCCCGCUGUCGUCCCAUCUUGAACAGAGGUUUGCCGCCGUCCUGGAGAGCCAAAUAAAGAGCAGUCUUGGAAUGCUGCUCACGAGACGCUCGAAGACUAGUUGCGGUGGCGGAUGUGGCAUCGCAGCUGGGGGUUUCAGCGCUGCCUUGCUUGCCCGAGACGCAGAUUUCCAUCGAUGGAGAAGGAGAUUUAGGAUCCCAGGCUCCGACCGGUUUCCUGGAGACUGGACGGAGCAGUCACGUGUCUGCGCAGACGACAUCUAG